AUGGACCUGCCUCCAGAGCUCUCCUUCACCCUCUAUGUGGCCGCCUUCGUGCUGGGCUUCCCACUCAAUGUGCUCGUCAUCCGAGGCGCAGCAUCUCAUGCCCGGCUCCAUCUCACUCCCAGCCUGGUCUACGCCCUCCACCUGGGCUGCUCUGACCUCUUGCUGGCCAUCUCUUUACCCUUGAAGGCUGUGGAGGCCCUGGCCUCAGGGGCUUGGCCUCUGCCAACCUCCCUCUGUCCCGCCUUUGCCCUGGCCCACUUUGCUCCCCUUUAUGCUGGUGGGGGCUUCCUGGCUGCCCUGAGUGCUGGACGCUACCUGGGUGCAGCCUUCCCCUUGGGCUACCAAGCCAUCCGGAGGCCAUGCUACUCCUGGGGUGUGUGUGUGGGUAUAUGGGUUUUUGUUCUCUGUCACCUGGGGCUGGUCUUUGGGUUAGAGGCUCCAGGAGGCUGGUUGGACAAUGCCACCAGCUCCCUGGGCAUCAACAUACCAGUCAAUGGCUCUCCAGUCUGUCUGGAAGCCUGGGACCCAGUCUCAGCUGGCCCUGCCCGCCUCAGUUUCUCCCUCUUGCUCUUUUUCCUGCCCUUGGCCAUCACCACCUUCUGCUACGUGGGCUGCCUCCGGGCACUGGCCCAUUCUGGUCUGAGCCACAGACGGAAGCUGAGGGCAGCCUGGGUGGCUGGUGGGGCUAUGCUCACCCUGCUGCUCUGUCUAGGCCCCUACAACGCUUCCAAUGUGGCCGGCUUCCUGCAUCCCAACAUGGGCAGUGGCUGGCGGAAGCUGGGCCUCAUCACAGGUGCCUGGAGCGUUGUGCUCAAUCCACUCGUGACCAGCUACUUGGGAGCAGGGACAGGCCGGUGGAUAGCAUGUGUGGACAAAAUGCAAGAGAUGACUUCCCAGAAGCAGUAG